AUGGCUUUGUCUCAGGUCCAGUGUCUGGACGACCACCACGUCAACUGGCGCAUUAGCGAGAGCAAGCCGGAGUUUUUCUACAGCGAGGACCAACGGCUGGCCCUCGAAGCACUCAUCACCAAGGGCCGCGAUGCGUUCACGGACUACAUCCAGAAGCACGAAAUUCGGGGGUUCCUCUCUGAAACGGAACUGGAGAGAGUCACGCGCAUCGCCGAGGCGUACAGACCGGGCCACGAACACCACCCGAGGCCGGGGACACCCGGGGCGGGGAACUUGACUCCUGGGUCCGGAGAAGAAGGAGAGGACGGAGAGGUGUCGCUCGCCUACUGGCCGGACCGGUCCGAGGCCUCGGUGGCGGAGCUGGACCUCGGGUGGCCUGACUCCAUCUCAUACAGAGGGGUGACGCGCGUGACCGUGUACACGCAGCCUCCCACAGAGGGUCACACGCACAUCAAAGAGGUGGUUCGGAAGAGCAUUGCUGGAGCUCAGAAGGUGAUUGCUGUGGUGAUGGACGUGUUUACAGAUGUGGAUAUCUUUCGAGACCUUCUGGACGCAUCCUAUAAACGCAGAAUCCCUGUGUACAUAAUUCUGGAUAUAGCUGCAGUGCCCUGCUUUCUUUCCAUGUGUGGAAGAGCUGAUAUGCACAGAGGGCACCUAAAGAAUCUGCGUGUGCGCUGCUGCGGAGGGUUGGAAUUUUUCACGCGAUCAGCACAGAGGGUGCGAGGAUCCUUGAGUGAGAAGUUCCUCCUUGUAGAUGGAGACAGAGCCAUCUCUGGUUCAUACAGUUUCACCUGGUCCUCUUCCCGACUGGACCGGAACCUCAUCACCGUCAUAACUGGGCAGGCAGUAGAGACCUUCGACAUUCAGUUUCGGGAUCUCUUCCUUACGUCCAGGGGAGUGUCGCUCAGCAAGGUUCCCUUGCAGGACGAGCCAAUCCCCGACCCGCUGCCUCAGACAGUGCCUGCACCUGUCCCAGCUUCUGUCGCCAGAAAGCUCAUCAAUCCCAAAUACGCACUUGUCACAACAGGAGCUCACACAAGCCCCACCCCCUCUGACCAGAACUCCAGUAAAAAGGAAUCAAACUCCCAGAUUCCCGCUGGGUUGAAGGUGAUGAAAGCACGCCUUAAGGAGGUUAUUGAGGAGUCGCCCCUACACCCUGGGUUAGUCCAUCUGGAGAAAGCCAACUUAAUCCCGUAUCUGCCAACCUGGCCGGAGCCAGAUCCCCCGAGUGAUGUGAUCGGCUUCAUCAACAUCAGGGAUGAAAAGAGAGCCCAUCAGGUUCACCUCCAGAGGUCGGAAAGGUUCGAGGUCAGCCAGGCUAUACGCUUCAGCUCACCACUGACUCAACCAGCACCGACUGAGGAAUCCAACGCAAAUCAGGGUGAAAAAGACACUCAAACAGGAAACAAUCUGCCUGGGACUGGGAGUGCUAAAGACUCCACCCCUGUAGUUCCAGCAGAAAACAAGCUUGGAUCCCAAAGUGCUCCAAAUAAGGACCAAACUGACUCCAGAGGACCCACUGAGAGGCCCAGCACAUCUCCACAACAUGAACCACAAACGUCUACAACACAACCCAAAGUUACUGCUGAUACACAGCCUAUGGACAAUGCUGGAAAAACUCAAGAAACACCGCCUGCAGCGCCUCCCGUUCCCAAACGCCGCACGCUGCAGUUGGUCAUAGACCCCGCCUCAUCAGAGCAGCCCGGUGAGGCUCAGGUCACUCUGAUCAAAAUGGACCAGGUGGAUAAUCUACACAAAGAGCAACCCGAGAAGACCCGGAACCGUAUCCGGUUAACGUCGAAGAAUGACAGCGGAGACUCUGGCAGCAACGAAGAGGGGAGCCAGGACAGCACUAAGGUCAUCUGCGACCGAGCGCUCAACGACGAACCCUCGAGCGCUUCCACAGCAUCAGAGGAGGAGUUCUAUGACUGUUCCCAGCAGGACGCAGGCGGCGAAGCGCUCACCAAUGGGGGGCAGACCGGAUCAGGAAGAGGGCCUUCCCACGGAGACGGACUCAACAUGAUGGCUCGCUUCUCUCAGAGCAUGCUGGACCUGCGGGAGGCCAACCAAUCAGAGGGCGGCUCCUCCCUCAUUCGCCAAUCCCAGCAACUACGUAGACAGGGACAUGCUUCCCCACACCGACACAUAGGACAGCUUUGGGCGGACUCAAGGUCUCCAGCUCGAGAUGCAAGAUGGAAGGGUCCCAAAGUUAUAAUUGCAAAACCGGGAAGUUAUCACCGCCCUUCAAGAACUGCUGCUCUCGUGAUCGGAGGACACCGUUACUGGCAGGGGCAACUGGUGCCGCCCGACCCCACACAGCAGCGCGUGGAAGCCCGCUCUGGGCGAUCACCACGGAGACACAGUCCUGGCUACAGGAAGAUAUCACCCCAGCCAACAGCUGACCCAAAGGGAUUGCUCGGAGUGUCUCUGUCAAAACUCAACAGCUUUAAAAGUUUGAAAGGACGAGCAGGAACCUCUCAGAAAAAAGCAUCUCAUAGUAAUAAUGCUGCUAGGUAGAACCAUUGGUAAGAACAGGUACAUGAGGUCCUGGUUAGAAACUGGAAGCAAUUCAGUUUGGACUGUUUUCGAUUUAAAGCCUGCAGUUCAACAUAACUAGGAGAACUGCUGUGAUAAGCAGACGUUUCGUCUGUGGGAAAGGAGCUCUGACAGUAAUAUAGCAGUUAUUUGUGUUUACAGACGUGCACAUGUGCCAUGGAUCCUUUGUUUGGUUAAAGAAAAAGAUGGACUAUUUCCUUCAUGUGGUACUUUGUUCAGUAUGUUCUGAUAUACUUGUCUGCUAAGCCAGGCACUCAUACAGCAUGUUGAGCCUAGAAUUACCUCAGAUGCUUUUCUUUUUCCUUAAACGGUAAUGUUUGUUCACGUCCAACAAACACAGAUGAAGUGUCUGAGUUAUGUAAGAUUGUGUCUACUUAUAGAAACAGAUCAGGCAUCAGCACUGAUAGCGCUGUGAUUAGUUCCACCUAUGCACAAGAUGACAUGAUUACUUUUACAUAUUUGACAAAGGUUGUUUAUAACCUGUGCAAAUGUAGACAUAUCCAGUGUACUGUCAUGGGACCGAAAAUGAAUGUUUUGAAUUAAAAGACAGACUGUUGCAAAGAUAACUCUGUUUUUGACUCCUCCAGUUGGAAA